AUGGACCGGGCAGCCCCAGCUGCCGGCGGGUGGCCCUUCCCGAGAGGAGCCUGGCUCGACGCGGCGCUGAACGACGAGCUGGUGGCGGGGCUGCCGCCGAGGGCUGGUGCACGGGUCCUGGCGCGGGGCGUCGAGAUGCUCGAGGUCGAGGUCGCCUACCAGGCGGACACUUUCGGCAGAUUCAUCAAGGCCCGGCAGGCGGCCACCUGCGGGCAGCGGGGCGCACGCCCCGCGGCCACGGUCUUCCACCUCUGCAGGUGCAGCGCCAACAAGUGCGGGACGGUCGCUCCAGCUGGCGCUGUGGUCGAGCACUUGGUCGUGUGGCAGGUAGUGGACCCCCGCGGCGUGGCCCGCGAGCGGGCGAAGCUCAUCUGCCCAGCAGCGAAUCCUGGGGCGCCUGUGCGGACCGACGCGCCCUCGGCCGAGCCACUGCCUGGAGAGGUCGGCGGCUGGCCGCUCGGGGAUGGGAGCAACAAAGUCGAGGAGGAGCCUCGCGGGCCUCCGCACAAGUGCGCCCGCGAGGUGGAGGGCACCCAGACCCCGGGCGGUCCAGGAGAGGCGAGCCCACUCGACCAGGAGAUCGCCGGGCUCGAGGAGACCGCCGAGGACCCCGAGCUCGAGGCGCGGCCGGCGCGGCUGGAGGGCAGGGCAGCUCGUGGUGUGCCGAGGCAGGGCACGCCCAAGAACGCUGCGCGCCCGGCAGGAGCCGUAGGCGAGCGCCUGGCACAGGAGGUUGCUGGCCGAGCCGCCGCUGCUGCCCCAGCGCGCACUGGCGCCUCGGGGAGGAGGAGCAGGCCAGCAUCGGCCGUGACCGCGGCGCUCCUGGACCGCGACGACGACGACGUGGAGGACGGCGCGGAGAGCGACACAGGGCGCCUUGGGGGCCGCGACCGCUACCAGGGCGUGAGCAGCAAGCGCGACUUUGGGCUUGGCCACCUGCGCAGCCAGUUCACUCAGCAGUUGUCUGCAGGCGAGGCCGACCUGCGGGCCCCGUGUGUCGCACAGUUCCUGAACACGGUGUUCUUCGAUGCUCACCCGCCGCAGACGCUGGGGUCAGUCGAGGGGCGGGUCCUCCGCCCGCCGGGGCUGGCGCUCGACGGCAUCCUGCGCGGGGAGGUCAUCAAGACGGCGGAUCUGGUCGUGCUGGAGUUCAAGGCGCGGUCGAUGGCCAUCCGCGACGGAAACUGGCAAUCGGCACGAUGGCUCACGCUGGUCGCGCAGGAACAGCUUCCGUCAGGCACCUCUCUGGACGAGGAGAACGCUGCCGAGAAGGUCGAGGCCCGGGAGCUGAAGGCGAUGAGGAUCCUUGCCGGACGAGACCCAGGCGACGGUCCAGCAGCUCUCCGCGCCGGGAAGAAGCCGCCAGCAGCGCGGAGGACCAGCUGCAGUCCCACGCGGUCGGUCCAGCUCCUGAGCGACUCCGAGGGGGACCUCGACGCAGCAGCCGCCGCCCGCGUGCCACCAGCGGACGCGGCUGCAGGCCGGAGCUUCGCGCAGCACAAGGCGGCCCACCCGAGGCGCGAGGGCGAGACCCAGGCGGCGUGGAAGGCGCACAUUGGGAGGCAAGACGGGGAGGAGCCGCGGCACGAGCACUGCCCGCAGGACAGCCCGGGUUCGGGCGUGAGGGCUGACGCUGCGGAGGCCGCGGCCUCGCGCUCGCCCCCGCCUGCCCUCCGCCCGCCUGAGCGGCAGCUGCGCGGCAGCUCGCGGGCUCGGCGGUGGCGCCAGAUGCCAGCCGAGGUGGGCACAGGUGUCAGCUCCAAGUUCAGGCUCGCCCUCGCGGUCCACGAGGCGGUGCACGGUUCGCCAGGGGCGAUCGGGCGGUAUGUUUGUGAGAUGUGCACUUCGCCAGACCCCACGGCCAGCUUCGCGCGGCUGCGCGAGGUGUCGCCGUUACCGUUGCCCGACGCCCCACUCUUCGAGAGGCACCGUGCCGCCUGGUACUUGCACCAGCAGUUGCCGGAGACCUGCGAGGUGGACGCCGCCACGGCGCAGGGGUGGGCCCUGCUCGUGGACUUCAGCCUGAACUACCCGUACAUGGGGCACAUGCGUCAGAUCAGUGCGCUCGGCAUUGUGCAGGAGGUGUGUGUGAACUUCGUUCAGGAUGCUGCCGCAGCGUUCGAGCUCCCGGACUGGGACCAGGUCAUCGCGUCGAAGACCGACUCCCACGGGGGCGAGGUGACGUCCCGCGCCCCGCCGCUCUCGCUUGCAGGCAACAUGCCAGGCCUCCCCGCGCAGGGCGCCCCCGCAUCGGUCAAGGCGGUCGACCUCGCGGACGCUCAGGCGGGCGCCUGGCUUGCCGGCCCCACGCCGGCUUUGCUCCCUCGGGAUGAGUCGCCUGCCGAGGUCCCGCGGGCGGCGAUCCAGGUCACGUCCAAGCAGGAGUGGUACCGCAUCUGGACCAAGCUCGUCGAGCUGGGGCUGGCUGCGCCGAUCGCCGACGACCGCAUCUUCAAGGUCGGGAGCCGCAGGGUGCUCGCUGAGGCGCGCGUCCAGCGCCUGAUCAUCAACAUGGUCCCGGCCGACAGCUACCAGCGCAUCAUGAGGGACGACAUUGGGACCCUAAGUGCAUCGCCCUCGUGGGUCGCCGUCCCGCUCCCAGAGGGCCACAUGCUGCUCGGGUCCUCAGAUGACCUGGCCUCCGCUUUCUACGGCUGCGAGCUGCCCGAGGCUUGGCAGCCAUGCAUGGCCCUCGCGGAGGCGAUCCCGAGCGAGCUCAUCGGUGUGCCGGGUCCAGGGAAGACACACCUCGCGCUGCUCGUCUUCCCGUUGGGCUGGAUCAACGCGGACUCGGUGUUUCAGCACUGCCACAGGCGCCUCGGGGUCGGCUCUCGUCCCCUCGCUGCGGGGUUUCCCGCGGAUCUCGAGUGGCACAAGGACCGCCCACUUCCGUUCAAGUCGAGGGGGCUCGAGCAGCAGUGGGUCCAGUACUGCAUCGACGACUGGGACCAUGGCGAGGUGGUGCCCAGCGCGAUGGUCGCGGAGCUCAUCGGCGCGGUGAGCUGCGCCCCGGAGAAGCAGAGGGCCGCCUACGGCUGCUCGGGGACCAGCGUCGCCCCCGGCAAGGUCAAGCACCGCGCGCUGGUCCUGGAGCAGAUGGGCGCGGGGUUUGACGGGGCCGUCGGCCAGGUUGGAGUCACGACCGAGAAGCUGCACCAGUUGCUCGCGCUCAUCCUGUGGGGCGUGGGCAGACAGGGCCUCUCGACGCAGGGCAUGCUCAUGGUCCUGGGCAGGUGCGACAGGGCAGCGGAGUUCAGGAGGCCUUUUGUGGGGUUCCUCAACAGCGUGGGGGCUGCUGGGUGCUGGACGCGACCGCAGGCUGUUCCCCUUGGCAUGUGCGACGAGCUCUCGGACUCCGCGACGGCGCUACCGCUGGCAUACACCGACCUGCGCGCAAGGAUCGACACUUGUGUCAUUGCGACCGAUGCCAGUGAGCGCGCUGGGGGCAUCUGCCACACGGCUGGGCUCUCGGCCUCCAGACUCCCGAACGACGUGAUCGCCCCCGUCAGCUGCGAGGUUGAGCCCGCUGCCCGGCGACUGGUGAGUCGCCGCUGGGCGGGCGUGAUCGAGCUUGGCCUCAUCGAGGCCGUCGACACGGUGCGGUUCACGGAGAUGCUGAAGGGUUAUGCGCGGGACGCCGACCGGGUCGUCUUGUGCGCGGGAAGCCCGAGCCGAGAUCUUGCAAGCAUCAAUGUCGUGGGGACCGACCUAGAGGGGUCGAGGCCGAAGCUCUUCUUCCCGGUCCCCGAGCUGAUCCAGGCAGCGGAGGUUGCCUGUCCUAAGCGCACCAUGGUGUUCGUCGAGAAUGUGUCCAGCAUGACCCUGGAGUCGAGGGCGGAGAUCACCAGGGCGCUGGGAGUCACGCCCGUGUUCCUCGGUCCCAGGUGUCACGCUCACAUCAAGCGGCCGCGCCUGUACUGGUGCUCGUGGCCCGUCACGGCGUUCUCGGCGUCCGACGCCACCGUCGAGACCAAGGGUGUGGGUGAGGCCGCGUACUUCAAGGUCUUGCUUGUGGUGGAGAGGCUCCCACUGAAUGCCUCGGUCUUGGAGGGCUGGUCGACGCUGGACCCAGAGGCGGACCUCCCGUGUUUCACGAGGCCGAUCCCGGGACGCCACCCGCCGUUCCGGCCCGUGGGCCCCGACCGCGCCUCGGUGCUGGCCGCGGAGCGCUGGGCUGCCGACAGCUACCGCUACCAGGUCGACAACGACGGGGACGGCAGCCUCAUCUGGGACGCGAGGCGUCAGCAGGGCCGGCUGCCCGUGCCUGAGGCGAGCUGGAACGUGGUCCCCGAUUUCCAGCAGCCAGGCUUGAGCUGGCAGCGGCCCGGGCACAUCUCGGCGCUGGUGCUGGAGGCUGCGGUGGAUGGAGCGCGCUGGAGGUGCCGAGCAGUUGAGAACCACCGCUGCCGCUACCUGCGCAUUCUGGAUGCCCAACCGUUCACGGCAGUCAGCACCAAGGGCAGAUCGAGCGUGAGGACUUUGCAGCCCGCGCUCCGGCAGCUCAACUCCCUGCUCCUCGCGACGGCCGGGUACCCGCUGUACAAGUACUGCGACACCGUCGACAUGCCCGCCGACACGCCGCCCCGCUGGAGCUAUGGCCGCCGCUGCCACGCUGCCAGUGCUGCCGCCGGCGAGAGCCAGGAGAGCCGCCCCUGGCAAGCGAUGGUCACGCCGCUCACCCUGCGGCGGUACCGUGCGGCGGUCGGGGAGGUCGUUGAUUUCUGGAUUCAGGAGCACCGCCAGCCGCAGACGCCCGCUCAGGUCGACGCUGGCGUGGGCACCUGCGAGACAGCUGGCGCUGGCCUAACGGCAACGCCUGGAGCCAGCUGCGCGAGCGCUGCCGAUCAGUCCUACAACAGCGUUCGCAGGUGCAUUGGCGGCUACGACGCUUUCCUCCAAACGGGUGAGAUGACCUCGCUCGUGUGGUCUGAUGUACAGCUGUAUCCAGUCCGCCAAAUGACCGUGCUGCAGCUGCGCAACACCAAGAGCCAGCAUCAGACUGGUGCCCGUCAGUUCGUGCUCGUGCGGAGCGGUGUAGCGGUCGCCCUCCUUGCCAAAGCAAAGGCUCAGGCGCACGGACAAGACUGUUGCCUCGAGAUGGAGCCAAGCAGUUUCAUGAGCACUCUCGGCCCAUACGUGAGCUGCUGGAGCUGCAAGAUGCCAAGCGCCUCCGCCGACUUCCGCAGCCACAGCUCCAUGAGCAGACGCUGCUCCGAGGCAGAUGGCAUCGGCGUGCACGGUCCUGGCCUGACAAGCUCCCUGGCGGAGUGCACAAAAACAGGUCCUGGCCUGACAAGCUCCCUGGCGGAAUGCAGCAUGAGGUUCGGGCCGACCCUGCUGAGCUCCGCCAGCCUCGCGGCCCCGGCCAAGCGGCCGUCCGUGCCGGACGAUUCCUUCGAGUUCGAGGACACGGAGGGCGACACCGUCUGCCUGCAGAGAGCCCAGGCCAUCGUGGCAGAGUUGCAGGUGCAGAUCCUCGAAGGCGACCCCAUCCUCGACGAGCUGGACCAGCUCGCUGCUGAGCUUCUCCAGCAGGACCUCAAGAAGACCAAGACUGUGCUCCUCGGAGGAAUGGCCUCGAUCAACCGAGCCAUGGCCGCCCUGCAGGAGUCCAUCACCAACAGCUUCGACUCCCUCUCGGAGUCCGUGGAGACCCGUCUGGCGAGGCAGGAGGCGUCCACUGCGACGCUCCACCAACGCGUCGACCUCAUGUCCAAGGAGAUCGCCGAGCUCAAGGAGGCGCUCGGCAUCAUGCAGAAGACUGAUACGGUGGCACCAGCAGUCGGCAGCUCGUUCGAGCGGAAGACCGACCCGUGCAUCUUGGUGGUCCGCGCGUCCGCGCUGGUCACCAAGCUGGCAGCGACCGCUGCCAUCACCCCGCUCAUGGAGCUCAACAACUUCGAGGAAGGCUCGUGGAAGCUGGAGGGGGACGAGGCCGCCAAGCGCUUCGUGGUCCGUGUCCGUGGCGCCCCUGGUUGGGCUUCGCGGCGCAUUGGCCAAGCUCUCGGCAGCAUGCGCAACGGCGACGGCUCCUUCAAGCGAUAUCGCGCUGCCACGGCCACCGGGGAGAAUGCUGAGCUGUACUUCUCUGAGGACAAGAACUUGUUCCAGAUCCGCCGCGAGCUCAUCACGAAGCAGAUUCGGAAGUGCAUGUCGGAAUGCAAGCCGACGAUCAAGUUUUUCGCCGACAAGAGCGCUGGCAUCGUCAGCGCGAGUUGGAAGCCCCUGCUGCGUGUCACCCCCAGGUCGGAGGACGUGCCGCUGGUGGAGUUCGAGGAGGCCAACCUCAAUGCCAUCGGCCUCUCGCGCGGCGAGCUCGAGCCCAGGAUCACCCGCAUUUUGCAGGCUGGUCAGGGCGCUGGUGAUUUCAACAUCUCUCGCGGGCCGCCGCUGCCGAGCGUCCCGUCCGCGAGCUGCGUGGCCGAUCCGUCGCUGCCCGAGUGGGGCCGCCUUCAGCGCUCGCCGCGGCAGCAGGUCUUUCGGCAGAUGGUAGAGCUAGAUCCCGAGGAGCACACGCACUACAACGGAGCUAGGGAGCACACAUCAGCGAUAGACCGCAUCUUCAUUUCCUGGCCAGGCUGGAUCCUCACGUCUAUCCACGCCGUCGCAGAGACGGGCCGCCUGUUCCUCAGGGACCCCGCGGCCUUUGCACGCCGGCUCGACGAGCUGCAAUUCGAGGACGCCGAGGAGCAGUUGCAGUCGCUCCGACGCGAGAUGGGAGCGGCAGAGCAGGCCGAGGCUCCCUUUGCUGCACGUGCCAAGCUCCGCAAGCGUGCUAGGCGUCUCGCCCACCGUGCCAGAGUGUGGGCGCCGUUCGACAGGAUGAUGCCGCUCGUCGGGGUGAGAGCGGAAAACGGCGAGGUCGUCGCGUCCAGAGAGCGCAUGAACGAUGAGAUCCGUGCACAUUGGGGCCCUAUCUUCCAGUCCAAGACCAUAGACUCCAGGGCCGCAGAGGUUUACCUUGAGAAAUACUGCCCCAAGAUCGACGUCUCGAGCAUUGCCCCCCCCACCCUGAAGCAGGUCAACUCGUUCAUCAAUCGUCUCGCUCAUUCAGGUCCUGGCCCCGAUGGGCUACCGUAUGGCGCUUACAAGUACUCCUCGUUCUCGGCCCCGAUCCUCCUUGAGGCGAUGUGGUGGCAACUCAAUGGGUUCUCUAUGGGCUCCUCCUGGAACAACAUGCUGGGCAUCUUCAUCCCCAAAGGAUCCGAGGAUUCUGAUUCCCCUCACGGGUGCACCAGGGCCCCUGCUAACCUUCGCCCCCUGGGCCUCAAGAACACUGACUGCAAGAUCGUCACGGGUGUGGUCACUAAAUGCCUCUCCAGAGAGCUCCCGAGGUCCACUCACGCAUCCCAGAGAGGGUUCGUCCCGACCCGCAACUUUGCGAACAAUAUUGUGGAGCUCGACGUUCACUCACGAGUGUUCUCCAUGCAAGAUAAUGUGUCUGUAGCCAUGCCAUCUCUGGUCAGUUACGAUUUUUCUCAGGCCUUCCCAAGUCUGGCGCAUCAAUGGCUGUUCUUGGUGUUGAAGCACGCUGGCAUGCCGCCCGCGCUGCUGCAAUUCUUCCGCCUGCUGUACACCCACGUCCUUUGCUUCUGCGGCGACAUGUACAUGACGUCGCUCAUGUUCAUCAUCGGCAGCGGGAUCGUGCAGGGCUGCCCUGGCUCGGGCUUCCUGUUCUCGCUGGCGGCGGACCCCUUCCUCAGGGACUUCGCGGCGUCCGUGGAGGACCGUGGCCUCGGCGUGGUGCGUGCAUGCGCCGAUGACGCGGGCGCGGCGCUGAAGCAGAUCAGGGCGCUGAAGACGAUGAGGCGCGUGUAUCGUGCUGCUGAGCGUGUGGCCGCACUAGUGCUGAAAGUGGCCAAAUGUCAUAUCGUCCCGCUGGCAGCUGAGUUCUCGCCUGAGUUGGCCGACCGCUAUCGAGCCUGGCUGCGGGAACACCUACCUGAGUGGCAGGACUUCGCCAUCACCCCAGUGCUGAAGUAUCUCGGGCUCUGGCUCGGGCCCCAGGCGAAGUUGGACUGCUGGAUCGAGCCGCUGAAGGAGUGGCGGACGCGCGGGCACCUCCUGUCGAUCAGCGCGUCCCCGCACCGCAUCAUGUCCUUCAACUAUCACUCUCGUGCAGUAUCUGUUCUGAGUUAUGUAGCGCAAUUCAUGCCGUUGCCAGCCGCCGUACCUGCCCAGGAAGCCGCUCUCCUGGCCCGUCUCUGGCACACGGCACACUGUGCCCUUCCCCGGGGAGGUUGGUUUAACCUUGGCCGCUGGAACGGCCCUGCGUUCUCGAGCCUGGUGAUUUCCACGUCGGCGGCCCUCAUCCGUUCGAGCCUGGUCACGAUCGAAUCCUGGCGCACUCUGAUGCCGCUGCUUCGUAGGUCCGCGGACGAUCGCCUGCCCUACAGACGUGUUCUCGGCGGCGAGCUGUCCCCUUCUUUUUGGUCCCAGCCAUCCUUCGCGGAGUUCCUGGAGUCGGCCUCGCUGGCCUUCCCGAGACCCAUAGGGCACGACCUUGUGACCUCGUCCCCUGCCUCGCGUGUGCGCACCACUCUGAAUCGUGCCCCACCUGCGAUCGCAGGCGCAGUCCUUAAGCUGCUGAUCGGCGGCUGGUGGGGCAGCGCCAUCUUCGUCCUCGUGAACGGCGAGGCCACGUGGAAUGGCUUGCCCACCUUCGACCCGGCGUCGGGCCAGCUGAACUGCGGAGGGGGCCUCUGCACCGUGCCCGGGCCCAAGAGGCCGGAGGUCGGCGGGCUGCUGGCGGAUUGCCGCAGCGCCGCCGACGAGGCGGACUCCGCGACGGAGUUCACCCUGCGGGCCCUGCCCAUUGGCGGCUACGUGCGCUUUAGCGAGGAUAAGCGCAUUCAGCUCGAGGACGGGACAAUGGUGACCAAGUUUGAAUCGUUGCCGGCUGCAGCGCAAUUGUGGGUCCUCGCGGGUGGCGUGUUAGCGAACAUGGUCGUGGCUUGGACGAGCGUCGCCGUUGCCUCGGUCACGACUGGGGUCCCAGAGACAAAGCCGUUGCCGGGCAUACGCGUGGAGGACGUCUCCGAGGAAGCAUUCAGAAGGACUGGCCUCGUCGCGAACGACGUGGUGCUUCGGGUAGGGGAACUGGAUCUCAGCGCACCUGGUCAGACCACGAAGGGCUUCGUGAGCUUCAUCCAGACGCUCCCGUCGCAGGAGGCCGUGAGCGUGACGCUGCAGCGCGCGGGCAGGGAGCUCUCCCUCGACGUGCUGCCAACAGUGGACCCCCAGACCGGCCUCCAGAAGCUGGGAGUGAUGGUCAACACCAACUCGGAGCAGCUGACCAGAAGAGCAGGCGACCUGCUCGAAGCGGCAGGCCUGGCGAGCGGCUUUGUCCAGCGCAUGCUGGGCGAGCAGCUCGCGGCACUGCAGGGGCUCUUCGCCGGGGCGCCCGGUGAGCUCAUCGGCCCAGUGGGCAUCAUGAAGCAGGGAGCCGACAUGACGGAGACGCAGGGGCUCAUAUCGGGGGGAGGCAAAGCAGCUUUCGUCAUCGCUGGUGAAGCUUCUGGGCGGCCGCUGGACCAGAAGACGAAGGAUAACAUCGAGACCUUUUUUGUGCUCGCCGUCGCUCUGGGACUGGCGAGCCUCACCGUGAAAGACGUCGCGAAGGUGUUCAACUUUUGA